AUGGUCAAGGGUAGGUACCUCCCAACCAGGGGAACGACUCUCCUUUUUGUCCUGACAACACUUCUGUUUAUCUUGCACAACGUGAAUGUACUCAUCAUAUCAGAGGGGAGAAGCUUGAAGAGGUACCACCAACCCGCGGUUGGUUCGUCUCUCCUCAACCCGCUGCGAUAUCCUUGCGAACGUGAGUUUGAAAAUGGACGUAGAAGUACAGGGUGGAGAAGGGAACGCACCCCCACACCCCUGUUAAAAAUCCCACAGCUUCACCCUCCCAUGGGAAGAAAAAAAGUCCACCUCGCAAUUUUGAAGCGGUCAGCUUUGCCAAGUGGAUCCAUUUUGCUGAACUGGAAGGAAGGAGUAAACAAAUUAGUGAGCACGUGGAGACUACUCCUUCAGACAAACCAACAGGAAAGCAAAGAAGUUCAUCCCCUAAAGGAUUGCCGGUGGGAAAUCACAACUUUUAAUUUUCUAUUACAAAAGAAGGCUUCCUUUUUCCUUCACAUACAUGACAAUGGAACGGUGACCAUGUCCAACGAUAUGCAAGGUACGUGGUUCUACAGUAACUAUUACUUAACUUGGAGCGUGGAGUAUGCAGACCGACGCGUCUACUACACGGCGGAGCUCCUUUGGAACGGAGAAAAAAGCAAACUAAUCAAGGGCAUCAUCUAUGAGGAGCAGAAACGAAGGCGCUUCUUCCUACCUGCGUACUUUUUCAGGAAAAUACUCGGGUCCUUCGAAGGACGCGUCUCCAUGGAGUAG